AUGAUCUCCUUACUAGAGAAACCGCUUCCCAAUUCCAUUAAUAAUCUAAUUCGAGCUAUGUUCACCACUGUCCUAAUUAUCAUUCUUGUGUUGGCUUCUUCUUCCCAAUUUGCUAUUUCUUCUCCCUUUGCAACUUCUCCUUCCAAUAUGGGACCAGAAGCAGAGGCUCUAUUGGAAUGGAAAGCGAGCCUUGAUAACCAUAGCCAGUUUCAAUUGUCCUCAUGGGUUGGAAACGUCCCUUGCCAAUGGGUUGGAAUUUCUUGCAACAACUUUAGUAGCAUCUCUCAGAUCAACCUCAUAGGUUCUGCUUUAAAAGGUACGCUUCACACUUUCAGCUUCUCAUGCUUACACAGUCUCGUAAGUCUUGAUCUUAGCGACAACUUACUCUUCGGUACCAUUCCUUCCCACUUGAGCAACCUUUCUGAGCUAAUCUACCUUAAUUUAUCAGUCAAUCAUCUCUCUGGAGGAAUUCCAUCUGAAUUAGGCCAACUAACAAGCCUUCGCAUAUUAGAUCUCCAUGAAAAUAACAUCACUGGAUCCAUUCCUCAUCAACUCGAAAAACUCAACUUGCUCAAUGAGCUAUCUUUGUAUAGUAACAAUCUCACAGGUUCAAUCCCUGUGUCAAUAGGAAACUUCAGAAACUUGUUCAUUCUGGAUCUUUCUUGGAACAAACUUUCUGGUUCCAUUCCUGAAGAACUCGGAAAGCUAACUUCUCUUAGGAGUCUCUGGUUGGAUGAAAACAUCCUUACAGGCUCGAUACCUGCUUGUAUUGGAAACUUGGGCAACUUAACCCUUUUAGAUCUUUGUGGAAACAAACUUUCUGGAUCCAUUUGUAAUGAAAUUGGGAUGCUUAGUUCUCUUACUUAUCUUAGUUUGUUCGAUAACAAUCUCUCUCGUCCAAUUCCUACUUCUAUAGGAAACUUAGGCAACCUAAGUACUCUCUAUCUCUAUGAAAACAAACUUUCUGGACCCAUACCUCAGGAAAUUGGAAAGUUAGGAUCUCUUCGUGAGUUGGGUCUGUAUAGGAACAAUCUUUCUGGCCCAAUCCCUACUUCUAUAGGCAACUUGACCAACAUGAAUAUACUAUCUAUUAGUGAAAACAAUUUUUGGGGAUCUAUCCCAUCCUCAAUCGGGAACAUGAAGAAUCUCACAGUCUUGGAUCUCUGUAUAAAUAUGCUAUCAGGCAAUAUCCCAUCAGAAAUAGGAAAGCUCAAACUUGUUACCACUCUAAAGUUGUUCACAAAUGAACUUAAUGGCUCCAUACCUUUCGAAUUUAAUAAUCUUACAAAUUUGCUGUAUUUGGAAUUGGAAGAAAACAUGUUGUCUGGUUAUCUUCCACGAAAUGUUUGUAAUAGUGGAUCCCUUCGGAACUUCACAGCAUAUGACAAUUAUUUCAUAGGUUUCAUUCCAAUAAGUUUGAGAAAUUGCAGAAGCUUAGUACGAGUGAGACUUGAGAGAAACCAAUUAAGAGGAAAUUUAUCAGAAGACUUUGGCAUAUACCCAAAUUUGAUUUAUAUCGAUUUGAGUUAUAAUCAUUUCUAUGGGGAACUUUCUCAAAAGUGGGGGCAGUGCCAAAGUUUGCAAAGCUUAAAAAUCUCCAAUAAUAGAAUUUCUGGUGUAAUACCUCCUGAGCUUGGAAGAUCCACUGAGCUACACGUACUUGAUCUCUCCUUCAAUCAUCUAGUUGGGCAGAUUCCAAAGGAAUUAGGAAAGUUGACAUCAGUGUUUCACCUUAAUCUGGGUGAUAAUCAACUUUCUGGUAGUAUUCCAAUGGAAAUUGGAAUGCUAUCUGAUCUGCAAUUUCUUAUUCUCUCAGCCAACAAUUUAACAGGAGCAUUUCCUAAACAAAUACUAGGGUGCAAAAAAUUAUUGAACUUGAGCUUAAGCAAAAAUAAAAUUAGAGGGAGUGUUCCCACUGAGAUUGACAACAUACGGUUUAUUCAAAUGCUUGACUUGAGUGAGAAUUUAUUGAUUGGAAAAAUACCACUACAGCUUGGAGAAUUGCAAAGCUUAGAAACAUUGAAUCUCUCCCAUAAUGAGCUCUUUGGUUCCAUUCCAGCCACUUUUGGAGAAAUUUCAAGCUUGACCAAUAUUGAUAUAUCAUACAAUUGCUUGGAAGGUCCUUUACCCAACAAUAAGGCCUUUAGCAAGGCUCCAUUUGAAGCAUUAAGAAAUAAUAGAGGAUUGUGUGGUAAUGCCUCUAGUUUAAAGGCUUGCCCCUCUUCCAUUACUUGGAGCAAGAAUCCCACGCCCAAGACUGAGGAACAAGCUAAGUAA